AUGCCACAAGAAAAGUGCCUUUCCGAUGUUGUUGAAGGAACUUCAUCACUUCUUCACAAGCCUUCUUCAUCAUCAUCGCAAAAACAAAAAAGAGAGCAUACGGAACAUGUUGCUCUUUCCCAAGAUUUGUUCUUGUUGAGUGAUAAAACAUUUACACAACAAUUUUCAAAAUUAUAUGAACAUCGUAUUAAAACACUCAAACCUCCAUUGUUGAAGAAGAUUUCCAAACUCUAUCCGAAGGCUACACAUGCGAAAUCCAUGCUAGAUCUUUCCAUGGGAGUGGAAUACACAGUGGUCGGUACUCUUUUUAAGGAGAUGAAGUUAAAACCAAACAUUUUGAGAGAAUUCACAUUGGACAAAACAGCGUCUGAAGUGGAACAAAUUGAAAACCGAGAUAAUUAUGUAUCCGAUAACGAUUAUUUAAUUCUAGAAGAUGUCAAUGGUUCAAGAUGCAAUGUGGUAUUUGAAGGAAAGCAGUCAGAAAAGAACAAAAUAAUGACUAGCCAAUUAGUGACGGGAAUUGUGGCAGGCUUGUUUGGAGAAAUAGACAGCAAUGGAACUUUUAUUGCAAGAGAUAUUGUCUUCAACGAUAUGGCACCCCAGAAUGCAAUUUCUUCCAAUACUAAAGACGCGUAUUUAGCAGUUUUGUCAGGCGUCUGUGUCAGCCAUCCAAAAUUUGACGCAGUUGCAACUCAAUUGGCUUUUGAUUUCAUCACUGGAUUGGCAACGAGUGGAACAUUAGUUGACAAUGUUGUGACCAAGAUAUCUCGAGUUAUUAUUGCAGGAAAUGUUGUUAUUGCACCUGAGGAUCAAGGAAAGCUAUUUGAUGUUAGAGGAUCGUUGAGACCAAAGGAAUUAAGCUCAAUUGCUGAAUUCAUGAAAACUUUUGAUAUUUUUGUUGAACAACUUGCUUCAAAUGUAGAUGUGGACAUUAUGCCUGGCUCCAACGAUCCAUCUAAUGUUACAAUCCCCCAACAACCUAUCCAUCCUUUCAUGUUUCCAAAGAGUGCAUCAUAUUCUACUUGUCAUCUCGUUACUAAUCCUCACAUAAUAAGAGAGAAUCAUGUAGAUGUUGUCGUCACAUCAGGGCAAACAGUACAAGAUGUUGAAAAAUAUUCUGUCUACAAUUCUAGAUUGGACAUUAUGGAAAAUAUGUUGAAAUGGGGGCAUUUAGCUCCAACAGCUCCGGAUACAAUGAGGUGUUAUCCUUUCCAACAAGCAGAUCCUUUUAUUAUCAAAAACACACCUCAUGUUUUUGUGUGUGGAAAUUGUUCGAAAUAUGAAACGAAACUGCUAGAAUUUGAAAAUUCUAAAACUCGAUUGAUUUGUGUUCCUGAAUUUGUCACACAACCUAUAAUUGUUCUCAUUAAUUUGAGAACUCUUGAUUGCUUCCCUGUACACUUCUCAACAGAGCAUGUGAUCUAA